AUGCCACCACGUCUUGUGAGCAGCGUCAUUGGAGGCCUCGAAGCAUAUUACGGUAUUUGCUACUUCCGACAUGAUAGACCAACAAGCGCUGGUGGCCGUAGCUGUAAGCAAGGGGAUCCUCAUCAAGGGUACAAGGUCCAGGCCGACUAUGACGUUACGAAGCGAUUAGUUCGAAUCCAAUUCGAGUAG